AGAGCCUUCGGGGCGGUCAGACCAGGCCGCUAGCUGCUGCUCGUACCUGUGAGACCACAACACGGAGGCAGGGCGACCGCCCACAGCAAGGCCCCAGACCGGAAGUGGAGCAGCAGCGUGGACUACAUUUCCCAGAAUGCCCGGGGGCGGAGGAAGCCCGAAGGCUGACUUGAGCGCGGCUGCUGGGAGACAUUACAGGAGGGCCUGAUCCCUGGGCAAAGUUGGAUGCAGGCGCCGCGGGGAGGGGGAGCUGUUGCUGCUGCGGGCGCGGUUCCAGCGGACACAUCUCGGGCCCGGCUGUGGCCGAGGAGCAGGCAGAGGGCAUGGCGGAGACCGGCUCGGUGCAUGAGACCAGGUUUGAGGCGGCCGUGAAGGUGAUUCAGAGCUUACCCAAAAAUGGUUCAUUCCAGCCAACGAAUGAAAUGAUGCUUAAGUUCUAUAGCUUUUAUAAGCAAGCAACCCAAGGACCCUGUAACAGUCCAAGACCUGGAUUCUGGGAUCCUAUUGGUAGAUAUAAAUGGGAUGCUUGGAGUGCUUUGGGAGAUAUGCCCAAAGAAGAAGCCAUGAUAGCAUAUGUUGAAGAAAUGAAAAAGAUUCUUGAGAGUAUGCCAAUGACGGAGAAAGUUGAAGAAUUACUACAAGUGAUAGGCCCAUUCUAUGAAAUAGUAGAGGAUAAAAAGAACAGAGCAUCUGGCCUAACAUCAGACUUUGGUAAUGUUAUGACUUCCACACCAAAUUCUAAGGCUGUGAAUGGUAAAGCUGAGAGCAGUGACAGUGGAGCAGAAUCGGAAGAGGAAGAGGGUCAUGAAGAAGAAGAGGAAAAAGAAAUACAAUCAAGUGAAAAAGACUAUAAGACUGUAAAGCAGGACUCAGUAGCAGCUAAGGAUUUGGAAAGUAUUGUCACUAAUGGCGGUUAUAAGGACAACUUUAUUCCAGAAAUGCAGAAUGGCAUCCAGACUAAAUCUGCCCUGAAUGGCUUAAAUGUGGAGGAAGAAAUAAAGAAAGUAGAGCGAAGCCUAGAACUAACGGGAAAAACUAAUAACAGUGUUCACCAAGGUGCAAAUGAAGACAGUGUUGAAGAGGUCUCAGGAAUUCAGCACUUGACAAGUGAUUCAGAUAGUGAAGUUUUCUGUGAUUCUAUGGAACAAUUUGGACAAGAGCCCUUGGAAAUGAUUACAUCAGCCAAAGGACCUUUACAGCAUUCAUCCCAUUUCUUGGAAGUAGAUCAUAGUCAUCUAUUGGAAAAUGCUGGUUUUCCUGAGUAUGCUCACCCCUCUGAGAAUUUUACAGUUGAGGAUAUAACAGAGGCAGCAGUUGAAGGAAAAGGUGAAGUCAAGUGUGGGGGAGAAGAUGGCAAAAGCAGUGAUGGAGGCCCUGACAAAGAGAAGAAAGGUGGAGAAAAGGUGGAUUUCCAUGGAGUCAGAAGAGGGAGAGGGCAUAGGAUGCAGCCUCUGGGUGAUGGUACUCAAGGUGGACAGAUGGGCAGUGGAGGGGAUGGAGAACGCUGGGGGUCAGACAGGGCACCGUGGGGCAGCCUCAACGAACAAAUUGCAGUAGUGCUCAUGAGGUUACAAGAAGACAUGCAGAACGUCCUUCAGAGACUGAAUACGCUGGAGGCACUGACAGCCUCCCAGGCAAGAUCUGUGAUGCUACAGUCAAAUUUACAAACUGCCUCAUCUGCUAAGGGACCAUCAUGGUGGCCCUUUGAUAUUUCUCCUGGCACUUUAGCCUUUGCUGUUGUAUGGCCCUUUGUUGCUCAGUGGUUGGUGCAUGUAUACUUUCAAAGAAGGCGAAGAAAACUGAUCUGAGAACUUAAUUUUUGAUUUCGCUUAAAGACUACUAGGACUGGGAGAGCCUGGAGAGAGAAGGGAAUCAGAAUUCACAUGAGAACCUCAGGAUCUGCGAUGGCUAAAUCUUCCUUCGAUUGUAGUAAUUUUUUGCACUACAUGUGAGCUAACUACUUAAGGACUAACAUUACUGAUACUUGAAUGAUCCACUGCUCCUAGAUUACAAGUAAAAUAAAUAAUUAUCCCAUCCUUAAACCACAUGAACAUUAAAUUAUUAAUUAUGCUUUUGGAAUGGAUUUCUGGCUGGGCAUUCUGUAGAGAUGACUGAUCUUAUGGCAAUUAAUAAUGAGGGGGAUGUCAUCUUUGUAAAAAGAAAACCCCCUGUAUUUAUGGAAUAGAAAAUUGUAAAAAGUCACUUUAACAUGAGGAUGAUUUUGCAAUUGCAGUAACUCAGAUUUCUUUCACGUUACAUACUGUGAGAUAGAAGUAGUGACUGGGAAGACAGUACAAGUCCUGUGCGUAUAUUAUAUGGUGGCUGAAAGGCUGUAUGUAGUAAUGUGUCUCUGAAGGGCUUAACUGCUCUGUUUUGCUGCUAGACAGAUGUGGGGUACAUUUCUUUGUGCAUCAGCCAUGGGUGGAAUCAAAUAUUUGACUCUGAAUAAUCCUGCCAUUUAUUGCACUUCCAUAUGUACCCACUUCCCAAACCGCUUUAAUCUUAGCAGCCAAGCAUCUUGCAUGUUAGAGACGUAGUAGUAACAUGGGAUAGAUUAUAGAGCAGUGUGUGCUGAAAAGAAGCUACAGAGGGAAGCUGCACUGAAUAAUACUUUAAAUUCAUGUCUUUCUUUACUGCUAACCGGUUUCAUUUUAAUUGAGACAUGAAGUUUAUGCACAUAGUGCUUUAAAAUACAAGAUGAAAACUAGCUACACCCAAUAUUUGUAAGAUUUUACAAAGUUUAGUCCAGUGUAAGCUAUUAUUUUAUGUAGUAGUCAAUUUAAAGGCUAGAUGAAUUAAUCUAGCCUCAACAUCUAUGUGGCCUUUUCCCACCCCAAAACCUACUUGAGAGAAAACAUCUGUUUCCAUAUUUUCCUUGUAUGCUUCCACUGCAUCCAAAUAUUUUCCAAAAUAUUUAUCCUAAUUUUGAUGCUGAUUUUCCUUUCCAGUGGUAUUUAUUCAUACAUAGGCAUUUUAUUGAUCAGUAUAAACGUGAAUAUAUUAGUCUUGUGAAGUUUGCUUGGUCAAAGUAUGCUUUGCAGUUUGAUUUUAAAAUAUGUAUCUAAGUUACAUAGCCUAGAUCUAUGAGAAGGUGAGCAGUAUAUUAAGAUAUUUUCUGUACAAAGUAAGAAAUCAGACCUAGAUAGUAAAACGGUUGCUUUGCAUUUGCAAUGAAGAGAAGAAAAAUUCCAUAUGCCAUAACCUACAUUUAAGACCUGAAUCUUCAAAACUACACUGUUUAUGCUGUCUCAUUCUUUAGUCAGAGUGAUACAUUAUGAAUAAUUCAUGGGAAAUGUCUUUUGGAUAAGACAUGCUUUCUGCCCUGUAAAGUCUUUUAUUUUCAGUUUUGGAAAGCACUUUUCAUAUAAGUUCUACUGUAUAAAACAGAUGUAAUUAUAGGAUUUAAUGUUUCUACCUUGUCUUCAAAUACUUUUAAAAAAAGAUUUUUCUCCCUCUUCUGAUCUUCAUCUUUGAUGUAAAACUGAGUUACUAAAUAAAGAGUGACAAGAGAACAUCUCUGAUAGCAUGUCUUUAUAAGCAGCUGUUUUGGUGUAACAUAUAAACAAACCUAGCAUGACUGGAGAUGCUGAAAGCUUAAAUUUGAAUUAAACUAAUCCUACAAUAGAAAUUUUGCUAUGGUUGAGAUCUAGGCCUCUAUGAAGCUAUUCUGCCUGUACUUUAGUUGAUUGUCAUAUUGUGGACAGUGAAAGAAUUACGAUUACUGAGCAAGGAGGGUCUGCAUUAAAGCCUAAUUAUGCUACCAUAUUUUUUCAAAAAUGUGUGUGACUGCACCCUCAGUUACUGCAACUAUUGGUGCAAAUGACCACACCCAUUGUACUCUGCUUGCAUCUCCCUGGCUCUUAGUACAUGCACAAAGUAACUCAGUUCAUCUUUUUUUAAAAAGGCCUUAACAAAUGUAGAAACAUUCCUCAUGCAGAAUAUCUGCUUUACUACUGCAUCACUUUGUACUCAGUACAUAAGUGUCUACCAAGCCUCCCACCAUGCCAUUUCAUGGAAAGAAAUAAGUUCCUGUAAGAUUUAAUACAAAGUGAAACUAUUAUUCCAUUGGUGCUGCUUCCCUGUGAUCUUGCAGCCUUAGCAGCCUAAAUAGAUAUCCCACACUAGAUAUGCCUGUAGAGCUCACUGAGGGUCUAAGUGACUGGGUUAAAGUGAGAGUCUGAGACUGGACCUCCCUACCCAACAAGCAGCUAUAAUGAGGAACCACAAGGCACAUCAUAGAUCAUUUUCUUGCCUCUUUCCAACUCAUCUGCAGUGUUUUCUUUUCCAUAAAGACCUGUAACAGACUUCUUUCUGCUGCUUCACAGGGCCAGAGAUAUUGGUUUACAAGACAAAUGACAGAAGGGCAUCAUAGCCUUAACUCCUGAAAGCCUCUCUAAAUGAAUCAGUGGUUGGGUGCAUUGAGUAUGCUACUCCAACUGGUGCUGUCUAAAUCUUAGCUGCUGGCAGCCAGAGUUGGGUUAGGGAUAGUGAAGGUUGUUUUCCAUUUAUUUACUUAAUUUCAUCGCAGUAACUACAAAGUCAUGUAGAGGUGUGAUACUUACAGCAUAGAUUGCAUUGUAGGAGCCAAAUCAAGAGAUGGCUCCUAGGAACAGUGACAGCUUGCAUACUGAUGUCAGGGAAGGAGACAGUUGCAGUGGGAAGAGGUCAGCAGAAGAUGAUUAGAAAUACGAACAAGCCUGAGUUUGUCUCCUUCCUUAGACUGAAGGAGAACACCAAACCCAGAUCCUGUGACCAGGAGAUUAGCCUGCUAUCUCAGAAAGGUAGUCACAGAAGGCAAAAGACUUGGAGACCCUAUAAUCAAGGCAGCAGCAGUAGUUUUUCUCUCUCCUGUCCAGAGCAGAAGGCAGAAAAUAAAUGAAAGCCUAGGCACAACUAGCUGUAUAGAAUGGGCUCAUAGAGGCGAAGGGGGGGGUGCCACAUGAUUGGCCAAUGGCCCACUGCCUACAAGUGAAGAGGGCAGAAAAAUAUUAAAAAUAAACUAGUAUUGCAUGGGGCAGAGUAAUUUAUGAAAGUAUUUGAAGAAUGUCUUAUCACUUAGAUAAAACAUUACAAAUUGAUUCUUCCUCCUCAAUGACAUUACUGACCCUCUCUGUUCUUUCUAAGUAGUUAUUUAAAUCUGGGGGGAGAGAAGAGGUUGGAGGUGGAAGUAAAGCAUGCAGCAACAAACAACUUCUCUCAACUAUGUACCCUAUAUAAAAUGUUCACAGACUGGUCCUUCACUUGAAUUCCAGCAUAGUACUUGCUUAUUAGCACAUGUAAAUGAUGUACCCUCUGAGAACUUUAAAAAGUUUAUUUUUAUUAUACAGCUUGCAAAAAAGUUUAUGGGAGGGGAAGCAUCAAAAUGAAAGCUAAGGUUGUAUGUAGAAGAGGUAUUUAUCAAAAAUACCUUACUAUGUAACAAAUCAGUAAAGUGUAGUACUAGCUGGAAGGUCACACAAUUUCAUAAAGGACAGGUUCCAGGUUCAAUAGAAAACAGCGUAGAAUGUUUUGUUUUACCAAACUGGGUAAAUUUAGCCCAUGAGCAGUCAGAGUUUGAACAAACAUCAGCUGCUUAAAAGAUUCCACUGAGCUCAUUUGUAAGUGAUGGUAAGCGAGUUCCAGAACUGACUAGAGGCACAGGAGUGGUUCUAAUAGUUGUGUCGGGGGUUUCAAGGUUACUAAAGCCUGAGCUUAAUCAGCAAAAAGAUAGUCAACAUUCCAAAGCUUCUUGGCCCCAACCGUCUGUGCCAUGUAUAGAUGAAAAGUUUCUCAGUCUGAUUAGUAGUAAUAGCAGUGACUUUGGCUCUAGCGCUAAGUGGCUGAGAGCAUGGCCCUUUAAAUACAGAGAUUUCAGUGAACUUGACAUUUCUUGAUCUUUUUAGUCUAGCACCUCUUAACCCUCAGUCCAGUUGACAUGAACUAGGAUGACUUUGAGGUCAGGCAGUAGCUUUGGAAUUAUGUCUAGAUUAACAAACAAAUAUGGAGUGCAUGGAAACCUAGGGGCCACAAAAGAAACUGCUGGCCUAUCAACUUCACAACCGAUCACAGAGGCAACAUUCCCCAGCUUCCAGGGACCAAAAGCCUGUUCUAAUGCACUCAUUAUGAUUGAGGUAACUAGUUAAGGGAAGAUUAAAUUUGUCCAAGGCCUCCGACCCUCUUAUUUUAUGCUUCCAUCAUGUGAAAAUUGGAGUUGUUAAAUGGGUAACAACGAAUCUUUGAAACAAUACAUGAUAAAAGGAUAAAGCUAAAAUAGUUUUGAAGAAAGCAUUUGCUCGGUCAGCUUGCUUAGUCAAUAUGUAGUCUUAAUUCCAUGAUGUCUGCAUAGUAACACAAAAAAACAAGGUAUUCAUUAUAAUUAGAUGAGAAUUUCAUAUUCUGCUGUACAGACCAAGAAAAAUGACCCUGUGCAGCAAUGUUUUAUAAGGAAUGCAUGCCAUUCAUAUUAAUACACUCUGCUCUGACUUGUCUACAAAACUUACAUACAGUGUAAUAAAAAAAUCCCAUUUCUGUCAUUUUGACUUGCAAGACUUUAUUAUGGUAAAAUAUAUAAACAUCUAAACUGGGUUCCUUGAGAGUUUUUGAAACAGAAUGGAUAGAUACUAUGGUUCUUGUUUAUACAUGUUUUACAGUGGUUUGAUUUCUAGUUUUAUAUUAAUGCAUUAGAUUAUGUAAAAAUGAUUAAACACUUCAAAUAGUUCUGUAGUUCAUGAUACACAUUGUAAUUAAUUUGAAAAAUCUUUAAAUAAAAGCUCAUAUCAAUUUGUGAUCCUUUAUAAA